GGAAAACGUGCUUCCUGUUUGUGUGUUUUUCGGCUUAAAACAGCGUUGUUCUUAUUGAAUAUAGAUGUUGUUUAAAUAUGUUGCUGAGUAAGAAGUGAAAUAUAAGUUAUCACUUUUUAAAGCGCUUUAGUUGACUGAGCUGAAGUCAGAUGGCAGCUACACAGAAACUGGCCUGUUAUCGGUUACCUCCCCUGCCGACCAUAGGGGAGAUCAUCAAACUGUACAACCUGAGAGCGGAGAAACAGCUUUCACAGAACUUCCUCCUCGACAUGAGACUCACAGAUAAGAUUGUCCGGCAGGCGGGAAACCUGAAGGAUGCGCAUGUGUGUGAGGUUGGACCUGGACCUGGGGGUCUCACCCGGUCUAUUCUGAAAGCUGGAGCAGCAGACGUGUUAGUGGUGGAGAAGGACACUCGCUUUAUGCCAGGAUUACAGCUUUUAUCUGAGGCUGCCCCAGGAAGAAUGAGGAUUGCACAUGGAGAUAUUCUCACAUACAGACUGGAAAAAGGGUUCCCAGCUCACAUAGCCAAGACAUGGGAAGAUGUGCCCCCCAACCUGCACAUCAUUGGGAACCUGCCCUUCAGUGUGUCCACUCCUCUGAUCAUAAAGUGGCUGGAGCAGAUGUCCAACAGAACUGGGUCCUUUAUGUUUGGACGUACAAGGCUUACACUGACCUUCCAGAAAGAAGUGGCUGAAAGGUUAACAGCCAGCACAGGAAGCCGUCAGCGCAGCCGUCUCUCAGUCAUGGCUCAGUAUCUCUGCACUGUCAAAAGCUGUUUCACCAUCCCAGGACGUGCCUUUGUUCCAAAACCAAUCGUGGAUGUGGGGGUGGUGCACUUCACUCCGCUGGCUCAGCCCCAGAUCCAGCAGCCCUUCAAGCUGGUCGAGAAGAUUGUCAAGAACGCCUUCCAGUUCCGGAGGAAGCACUGCCGCAGAGGACUCGAGAUGCUGUUCCCCGAGUGUCAGCGUCAGGAACUGACGGAAGAGUUGCUGCGCAGCGCUGAUGUGGAUCCCACACUGCGGCCCACAGAGAUCUCUAUUUCUGAAUUCAGGGCUUUAGCAGACGCCUACAGCAAGCUUUGUGAGGAGAACCAAGGCCUCAUCGACUAUGAAUUCAGAGAGGAACUGAAACUCAAGCAUCAGGCGAAGAGACGCUCGGGCAGUAGCCGUAAAGGGCUUCACCUUCACACCACAACAGAGGAGAAUGUUAAUGGAAACCACUAACGCAGACUCUUCAUGGUGACAUUUUCAGCAGCUGGCAUGCAUUUUUCACUUUUUUCUUCUUGAAUGGAUGUAUGUAUAAGGGCAAGGUGGAAAAAACUUUUGAAAGAUGCAAGGAGCUUAAAAUAAAGUCAUGGGAGAUAUAAUUUAAAAACAUAGUUGUCACAUAAAUUUCACUGCUUUUUAAGUAGGAAGAAAGAUUACAUGAAUCAAACCAGGCUCCUAGUCUCUCUCUGUACUGCUUAGAGGAAGAGACGGGGGUUGCCCAGAAAACCUGUCAUAUCAUAAAACACUCUGGGAAUGCUUUAAUCAUUUUUCAGCAAGAGGCUGACAUCCAUCUGUCAGAGAAAAGCAUUUGCCAUCGUUACCUAAAAAUAAUUUGACUUUGAUGAAUAAAUUAUUUUACAUGUUCUUUGGA